GAGUUAGUGGGGUAGACAAAAGGGGUCUCCUGCUUGGCAGCAGCAAGUCUUUCCGCUGUCACAGAAUGGCGUCCUGCUCCGUCUUCACCCCACCGGCGCUCUCAGCGUCGGCGCCGUCCGGCCACGGCCGCCAGCGCGCGAUCGCGGCCGUAUGUCUCCCCGGUGUUCGCGGCAGCCGGCCCGCGUCCCGCGGCGUGCGGUGCAGCGCCGGGCAGGGCGGCGUCAAGGUCCCGGCGAAGCUGUCGGAGCUGUGGGCCGCGGCGAAGGACGCGCCUACGCUGGCCGUGCUCGCGGGCGUGGCCGCGGCGGUGGCGAUCUACAAGGUUGGGUCCGGUCUCCUCGCGCCGCGCCCUCCGCCGCCGCGUCGGGUGGAGACCCAGACGGCCCCACCGCCUCCGGUGCCGGAGCCGGUGCAGGUGGGUGAGAUAACGGAGGAGGAGCUGCGGCAGUACGACGGGUCCGACCCCGAGAAGCCGCUGCUGAUGGCCAUCAAGGGGCAGAUCUACGACGUCUCCCAGAGCAGAAUGUUCUAUGGACCUGGUGGGGCAUAUGCAUUGUUUGCUGGAAAAGAUGCCAGCAGGGCAUUGGCCAAGAUGUCCUUCGAACAGCAGGAUCUAAAUGGUGAUAUAUCUGACCUUACACCUAUGGAGCUCGGUUCCUUGAACGACUGGGAGUACAAGUUCAGCAGUAAGUAUGUGAAGGUAGGAACCGUAAGAAGGGCAGCGCCUGCAGAAGAGGGUUAUGCUAGCAUUUCGCCUGCAAUACAGGAGGAAGUUACUGCGCCUGUACCUGUGCUUGAGCCUGAGCUUGACCCGGAGCCGAAGCCGAAGCCGACCGACGAUGAUGCACCAUGAAAGGAAACACACAGACAUCUGAGCAACGCAGGGAAGAACGAAAUGGAAGGCGGGGCACUACUGAUAGUGUCCCAAAGGGAGUUAGAAUUAUAACCGAAUGCCGCCUAUAUGCUGCAUGGAUGUUCGGAAGAAAUAGUAUAUAUGUACUGCGCAGUAGGAUCAAAUGGUUGGAUAUGAUUAUAUGAUGAGGUCAGUGCUCUAGCUCAGGGUUGUGCGUCUUCAGAAACAAGGCAUGAGUUUCCCUUCAAAAAAAAAGAAGAAAAAAAGAAGAAAAAAAGAAACUAGAUAAGUUGUUCCAUCACUUGUGCAGCUCUCUUGGAGCAGCAAACAGGCCCUCUGCGGCGCACUAGCUCCAAAAAGACAUAGUAUCUCCAUUUGAAUCGGGUUUUAAUCUUCCAGCUGCCAUCUGCCUGAUUAAAUAGUGUUAUGCAAUGGGACCACCAUACACAGGAACUGAUCAUCUUUGCACUGAUCCCAUACACAUCACUGUCUGAUCUUACUUGUUCGGCAACCUAAUGACUGCGAUAAGAAUCAGAUGUUGGGUUUUUGACA